AUGGAGGGCAUUGUACAGGUGGCAACAAUUGCAGAUGCGUGGAUUUUAACAACGGGCUUAAACAGUGGCGUAGCCAAAAGGGUAGGUGAAGGCAUUUCACAAUAUCGGCUACUGGCAAAACAUCCAAAAAAUGUGAUUGCCAUUGGAUUAGCACAAUGGGGAACUCUGACCGAUGAUACCAGAGCCCUAUUGAAGAAGACACAGAUCACCAGCGAAAAUCAAUUGGGCAGUGGUGCUGAACUAUUGAGCCUGCAAGCUAACGAAACACUUGAAUGGAAUCACACCCACUUUUUAUUAUUCGACAAUGGCCAACUGAAAGGUUAUUUGAGCGAUAGUCAGCGAAGCAGAUUUGUGGACGCUGCCGUCAAACAUCAAAGUUGUCCGGUCACAAUAAUCGUAGAGGGUGGAAAGAAUACGAUAGGAGUAAUAAAAAACGAUUUAGAAAAGCAACGUCCGGUAGUUAUCAUCCAGGGGAGUGGCCGUAUGGCUGACGUCUUGGCAAAAAUAAUUGACGCAACGUCGACUAUUGAUGGAGCUAGUAAACGCGUUGAUCCACGUACAUCUUGUAAAAAAGAAGGCAUUUUAGAAUGGUAUCAGUAUUCAUUCAACCGGAAUGAUGAGGUGCAUUACAUGAGCCUCGAAAUGACUUUGCAUAGUGAAAAAGCACCAUCUUCGUUCAAAACAUUAGAUAAUGUUUACUCUGAGUGGAUCGGUCCGUUUAUGCAUGAAAUCUACACUAUAGAGAAUUUAGGUCAGAAUAGUUUACAACGAUUUGGUAUGGACACACUCAAUUCUUGUUCGAAAUUUUGGAUGAAGUUCUGCAGUUGUUGUCCAUGUAUGACACGAGCGGAUAGCCACUAUACUGAACUGGGCGAAGAAAUGAACGAGUUAGGAUCAAGUCAAAAUCAAGGUCACAGAAUUAAUCAAAAUAACGAAUGGGCUCGUGUAGGUAAGGACUACAAGGAAGAACAGAUACUUCGAGAUUUAUUCCUCUGGGCUCUAUUCACAACUGAAAUCGAUUUAGCCAAAGUAUUCUUAUUGCAUUUGAAACCGAGAAUAUGUGCAGCUUUAAUUGCAACUAGAGUCUACAAACAUUUUUCAAAAGAAGCAACCAAUGCAUUCUCAAAACAAAAACUGAUGGAGCAAGCCAUGGAAUUUGAAAAAUAUGCAACUGAUUGUGUAGAGACGUGCUAUGCGUAUAAUGAAAAAUUAACGUGUGAGUUACUUAUUAGAGAAGUGCCUCUAUUUGGAUAUGUGACGUGUAUGCAGCAUGUGGAUAUGUCAAACAGGAAUCAAAAGAAUGAUACACCGAAUUACGAUAAACAAAAUUAUAUGAUGUUGUAUAAAUUUGAUGCACCUGGCACUACAGAUGGUCACUUACAUUGGACAGAAAUAUAUGUUAUUAUCACAGUAUCAGCGCUAUUACUUGAAGAGCUACGAGAGUUGACAUAUUAUUAUCGAAACAGAAUGCAGGAAAGAUGGUAUCAAUCGACUUCAUGGUUGCUAGCAACAUUCUCCAAAGUAUUUUAUGUUUCCUUAUAUGUUCUCUUCUAUUUGAGACUAAUAUUUCGAUAUGGUUAUGGUGAUGCGCCAAAUCUGUUAACAACUGCAAGAAUAUUAAUGGCGUUUGAUUUGGAAUUAUGGUAUUUGCAGUCAUUGAAGUUCAUUAUUGUUCUGGAGUACCUUGGACCGAAACUAUUUAUGAUCAAAAAUAUGUUACGGGAUUUAUCAGCGUUUGUCUACAUUAUAUUCAUCUUCAUUGCUGCGUAUGGUGUUGUAUCACGAGCGAUGAUCAGUUAUCAGAGCGUUACUUUUGAUGGGUACGGUAUCUUCAGUAAUAUAUUCUAUCCACCCUAUUGGUUUAUCUAUGGUAAUACGCAAAAUGAACUAGACAGACUAGAUGAAAUGAUUGCAAAGGACGAACAAAAAUCAAAUAAAUAUUGGGAUAAUUUUGAAAAUGCUGCUACUUACAGUUACGCACGAUCUGCGAUUGAAAAACAGAAAAAAACAGAAGAUGAUGCAUUCAGAAAGAAGGAUGACGCUGCUGACAGAAGUGAAACAGGUUCAGCUACAAAAGAAGAACUUGUCAAUAUUAAUCUUGAAUUACAAAAACUAAACACCGUGCGUAUCGGUUGA